AUGAGUCAAAUAUCAACUAAUCAACAACCAAAUCAAUCAUCAAGUCAACCAUCAAAAGGUGAACCAAGUGAACCAUCAAAAAGCGAACCAAGUCAACAGUCAAAAGAUAAAUCCAAUCAAUUAAGUAAAAUAGAACCGAGUCAUCUAACCUGGACGGAAGAAGAAAAUAAACGGUUAUUAAAAUUAAUAGAAAAAUAUGGUCCAAAAUGGCAUAUACUUGCUAAAUUUUUUAAUCAAGAAGAAAAUAAACGUUUAUUCGAAUUAAUAGGAACAUAUGGUCAAGAUUGGUAUAAACUUGAGGAAUUUUUUAAUAAUCGUCCUUACUAUAGUAUUCGUUAUCAUUAUUCUAAAAUACGGGCAAGACUUUGGACACCUGAAGAAACCACGAAACUUUAUAAUUCCGCCAUAGAUUUUGGGGUGAAUAAUAAAGAAUCUUGGGAUAACAUUAAAUUAUUAUUUCCUAAUCGUACAUUAAAAGAAUUAAAAGAAAAAUAUGGGGAAUUAAAUAAUCGAGCUAAAAUGAAAUUUGGGGAAUGGACUAAAGAUGAACAUUGGAGAUUUGAAAAGGCAUUAAAUGAUUGGUCCAAAUUAUGGAAAGAAGGAAAAUUAUCGGAAUAUCAAGAUCUUUGGAGAAAUAUUAGUGAUGAGGAAUCUAAAAGUAUUGAAAAAGAUACUCGAAGUGAAUUAAAAAAUCGAAUUCCAAUCUAUGAAGAAAAUGAAGGAAAUGAAGAUAUUCAAGAUGUAACUUCUCCAUCACCUGAUGAACAAUUUGGUGGAUAA